AUGGAUGCAGGUCAGGGGCGUCCUACAUCAAACGAGAAAGAACAUUAUAGAGAUGAAAAUGUAGAAACUGGGGGAGCAGCAUCCUCUGCACAGCAAGGAGAGAGCAGAAUGAUGGUGACAACGUCAACCCUGGCGGGUGAAAAUCCUGCCAUAGUGCAUGAACCUGGAACAGAUGGUAGGCCUCCAAUAUACAGGAGACUCUACAAUACGCACAGAUUGGUUCUAACAUUUCCGAGUAUUAUUCAGUUGAUGCUCUUGAUUUAGAAGAGGAAUUGGAAGGAGUUGAUAUAAUGGAUGGCAGUGGCCAGCCGGAGAUCUUGGUUAUGUCGGUUAAACAUCUCCAGCCAUUGUGGCUGGACUUUGAACUUUUUAACUUUCCCUACUACUGUAUAUACGAAGAUAAGAUAAUAUAG